AUGGCAUCACGGUGGUACCGACACUACUUCGAGUACCAUCCCUGGUCCGCCAUCCGGCAUCGUGCUACUUUCACUGACUCAGGCAAACGUAAAGUAUUGUGCAAGAAAUGUCUCGACAAGCAUAUCGACGUGGUCCUACUUCACGAAGAACGCCGGGUGUGCCUCGAUGGCAGUGCGUUCCUCCGCAGCCGAGAGGCUGUCGCUGCAGAUGGUCAACCGCGGAAGUUAGACAACGCGCAGGCGAGGAGCACAACGAGCGCCAUCUCGAACCGCGUAGGGCAAGUUUCUCCCGCAGGCUCGGAUAAGAACUUGCGCGAGUCGCUCUCGGAGAUCGUUGAGCAGUCAGCCAGGCACCUGUGCGAAAUACUAUCAUGGCAUCACGGUGGUACGACACUACUUCGAGUACCAUCCUGGUCCGCCAUCCGGCAUCGUGCUACUUUCACUGACUCAGGCAAACGUAAAGUAUUGUGCAAGAAAUGUCUCGACAAGCAUAUCGACGUGGUCCUACUUCACGAAGAACGCCGGGUGUGCCUCGAUGGCAGUGCGUUCCUCCGCAGCCGAGAGGCUGUCGCUGCAGAUGCGACACUUGCAGCAUGGAAUCUGCCUCGUUCGGAAAUAGGUUGGAUGGAGCAUCGAGCGUGUAAUUGCCUCAAGCAUCUUCGAGACUGCGAGUUACAGACCGCGGAAGUUAGACAACGCGCAGGCGAGGAGCACAACGAGCGCCAUCUCGAACCGCGUAGGGCAAGGCUCGAUAAGAACUUGCGCGAGUCGCUCUCGGAGAUCGUUGAGCAGUCAGCCAGGGUCCCUUCGCCUGUCCCAAGGGAACAGCCAAGCACGCCGUGGAGCGGCGACAGGUUCCCCGUCUUCCCUUAUUCAGCGCGAGCGUGGUUGGAGCCGCAAGCCCGACCCCAAACCACACCAUGGAACGUGGUCGCGCGCAUGCCCCUUUCUUAUGGUUCAGAACAGGCGUUGCCGGGGUUGCAAAUCCAACAGCCGAUCCUCUCUUGGGACAACGACGGCUUCCCGACGCCGUACGCGACGAUCUUUCCUCCUCCUCCCAUGCAGGCAUCGUGGGGGUCGCAAGCCCGAGUCCUUACUGAAACACCAGCGAGACCACUUGUGGCUGGUCCCAACGGCAUUAUGUCUAACCAGUUACGACUGCCGUGGGUAUCUAGAGAGCCGGAAAAUCUCUAUCAGAAAUAUCUUCAGGAGCUCGGCAUAGCGGGGACGCAUGAGGCGGCCCAAUGGUCACUGCCACUUCACGAUGCGAUACCAGUUCCACUCUCAGGUGGAACAGACGAUUGGAUGCUGAACCUGACUACGGCAUCAUCGUCCUUGUGCUGGCCGCCGGUAGAUAAUACUAUGCACGCCGGAGGCAUAGAGGGAGCGCCCCAUGCCACUCAAGCAGUAGACGGAAAUGGCGGAACUUGGCUUGAGAACACUUCGUCGCUAAUGCACUCUGCUGCGUUAGACAUUUAAGCAUGG